UUGGUUUAUGUUCUGUAGAGUUGUACAAUAUCUCAAAAUAUUUUUUGGUGUUAUUCGUAAGUUGUAAUUAAACUCUGCUGGUAUUAAUGUAAUUGUUUAGCCCUAUGGCAGAAGUUCAUAUUGUUGGCCAAAUAAUUGAAGCAAAAGAUUUUCCAAAGCAAAAUUUGUUCUGCAAGUGGUUUCUUCAAAUUGGGAAUAACUGGAAAAUAAUUUCUGGAAAGAAAGAAGGUCAGACUCAAGUUACUUCCUCUCAACUAGGAAAUGGUUGUAAAUGGUCCUUUCCUAUAGAUAUUCACUUGGCCACCGCAGGACUUCAAGGAUGGCCUAAAAUUUAUCUACAAGUAUAUCACCUUGACUGGUUAGGACGAAGUCACAUUUUUGGUUACGGAUUUAUUACAGUUCCCGCUUCUCCUGGCACACAUAUUGUAGACUGUUACACGUGGAGACCUUUUGGUACCAUAAAAGAUCGUUUUGUACAAUAUUUUUUGGGAGGCGGAUUUCAAAUUAAAAACCCAGAUUUGGUUUUUUCUUCCGGAGAACGAUAUAAACUGUCUACAGAGGCUAUGGGAGUUGUUUCGUUUGAACUUUGCGUAAUACUUAGAAAUUUUACAAAUUACGGAGUUGAAUAUGAGUAGAAUGGGCUUCGAGAUGCUUUUUAAAUUGGUGCUGUUUAGCUUGUAUAUAA